CAUUCAACAACUGGUGCCCCAGCAUGGCAGUACAGCAGAAACACAGAAGGUACCUGCAAAACCAGACCAGGAGGGAGCUACUACAUCAAGUGCAUCUUCUUUCAUUGACGGUUGCAGGCUAGAUGGGAAAAUCAACAAUGGUGGUAUACAGGUUAGUGCUAGUAGCACAAUGAGUCAACCUCAGCAGUCUGAAGAAGGCACAUCUGCUUCUUGUCAGACAAAUAGAGUAGUACCAAAAUUCCAAUCCACAAAGAAACUAGCUUGCAGAUCUUCAAGCACCGACAUUGGUGAGGUAUCUGCCUCUGCAUCUAGAAUAGUGCCAAUAUUUAAACCCAAGAAGUUAAAAACAGCUGGACUUGUUGGCAAAUCAAAGGAGAUUGCCUCAGUCACUAAGGAUACCACUAUAAAAAUAAGAAACUCAGAAAGAAAUGGGAUACUCCAGUCACCCAUGUCUGUCACAUCUGUAUCAGGAAGUCAGCCCACUGGGACCUCCGAUUUACCUUGGACUGAAUGCACCAAAAAACUCAGUCUUGCCAAAACAAACUCUGCUUCUGCUCAAGUAUCUAGAAUGCCAAGACUUGGUACUGUAGAAAGUGGCUGUCCGGAAGAACUAACAACUAACAAGCCUGAAGUGACACCAGUAUCUCUUAUCCAGGGCCAUGCCAGUUAUACCACAGCCUCACACCCUCCAGCUAAAGUACAGAGAAUGGAUGAUGAGUUUGAGGAAACCAUGAAGCUACAGUCAAAGAAACCAAGGAACAAACCUAAAGUCCAGGAGAACGUGAAUAUAGAAGAACUGGCAUACAAUAAUCAGCUGGGUAAAGUGAACACAGUGACAAUUGUGGCUUGGUUGAAAGAAAGAGGCAUACCCUGCAAAACUAAAGACAAGAAAGGAGACCUUGUUGAUAAAGUGAGAUCUACACUGCACCUGGAAGUGUGUACCACCAACUGAACAACUAUCUAUACAAUAUUUCAGGAAGCCAUGCAGUUUAGUUGCAGAUUUUCUAAACAUUGCAUUUAAUCUAGCAUUAGCUUUGUAUGAUAACAAGGUGGUGUAAAAGAUUCCUUAAAACAUUGUUCUCUAUAAGAUGGAUUAUUUAAAUAUUUCAAAAAUUUUCUUUGACAUGCCUGCAAUUGAUUUAAAGAUGUUGCUGUUUAAUUGUUAUUAUAAAUUUAUUUACAGGUUUGGCAGAGAUGUCCACUAGUUUAAAAAUAAAAUAUGUUCAGCAAAAUGACUAUCAGAAAAAGUCUCUCUGUAAGCAACAUUUAUUCUCUUUCAAUAAAUAAUUGAUCUUGCAGUAAAAUGUAAAAUAUUAUUAAUCUGCAGUGUGGUGAAUAUACUCCUCUAUUAACAAUCAUUUUGCAAUAAAUCCUCUUCGCUAUCAUGACAUUUACUUAUUUACAUUAUCUUCAUAUUCAUGCACAUACAGCUUUUUAUUUGCUUACACUUGAUACAUCUUUUGGCCAAAAUGGAUAUUGCCAUAAAAAAUUCAAAUAAAAUAACAUGCACUGUGCAGUUAAUUGUUAAUAAUGAUUACAUCAAUUUAUGAACCUCUUUCUUCAAUGUCUGACAUGAUUAUGCUGAAAUCAUCAAACUUAUUUAGGACAGUACAUGUAUACAUUUUAAUUAGUUAUAAGGAUUUUACUUCUUCCUAGUCGGCACAUAUCCCAAUCUAAUUUUCUACAUAUUCUGACAGAUAAAAUGACUAAAUAAGGCUGACCACAUAAAAUGUUCUUUGCACAGGAAAAUCUCAUUUCUUUGUUUCAGUUCAUCUGAUAUAGAAUUCCUUAAUAAAAUCAUGAUAUCAAAUAUCACAGCAAAUAUACAAAAAUAUUUCACUCACUAACACAAAAAUCUCACUGCAACUUCCAUCACACUAUCUAAAAAAUGAAAAAAAAAUGUUAACAAAAGGUGUAUAAGAGAAGCACUGCCUCCACCAAUAUUGUAAAAUUAAUGCAACAUUGCAAAAUACAAACUGGAACCAUUGAAAAAGAAGAUACAGGAGUUUCUUUAGGUCUUCAUUCACAGUCAGUAUAUAGGCUUUGAACAUGUGGGAGAAUUAAGUGCAUCACUCUGGUGGGUGAAAAAAAAAGUAAAAUGCCAUCUUGACAACAGUGACAUGCAAUAUCAUUUUAAGGCAUUUUGUCCAUUUUUUACUAUAGUUGUUAAAAUGUGAAAGAAUAUGUAAAAAUGACUUUGAACCUUUGUUUCUAUAAUUAUAUGGUCACCACUGAAGCAGAUAAUACAAAUUUUGUCUGGAAUAUUUUCCCCAAUUUAAUUCAUUAAUUAAAGGAGUGGUUUGGACCCCCCUGCAAGAGGCUAGUUUUCACAUCACUCAUUCGUGCAAAUUUUCAAUUUUUUCUUUACAUUGUAUGCAUCAGUCACAUUUAUAACAUUCUUCAAAAUAUAUAUACAAAACACGAAAAUAUUUAGAACCAAUUUUUUUUAUCAACACCAAAGAUUCUUUUAAUUUAGUAGUAAGCAAGAGGGAAGUUAGAUGGAUUCUGGGUGAAAAACCAAUGGGAGGGGGAAAGGGUUAGGAAUAAACACUAAUUCUUAUGUUAAACCAUGCAAUGUAAAGGAAACUAUACAAUACAAUACAAUAGAUUUAUUUCAUUCAAGAAACAUUAGCUUUGCAGCUAUUCACCGACUGGGUUAGGGCAUAGUACAUUUCUACAAAUAAUGCAGUAUUUACACAUUUAGGUUUAGUAAGAUAGUAAAUGAUAAAUCUUUCUAUGAAAAAUACACAAAUGCUAGACAUAAUUAAAUGUGAAAAACAAACA